UUAUAAAUAUUUAGUGAAGUUAUAUCUUGAUUCCUCUGCAACUUCGUUGAAUUUGUAGAGAGAUGAGAGAGAAAUGGAGACCCUAAAUCGGGUAAGAGAGAGAAGCAGAGGUCCAGAAAUCGAUUUCAAUGAUGAGAUUAGAAACCCUAAUACCAUCGUUGGAGAGAGAAGAAGAAGAAGCGAAGAUACGGAGGAGGACCACCUUGAUUGUCUUGUUAGAGAGAGAAGCGAUGGCUUUGGAAACCCCGAUCGAGAUGAAGUGGAUGGUGAGAGAAUUGGAGAGGUGAAAAACCCUAGCGAUUUGGGUAGAGAGAGAAGCGGUGAAAUGGAGGAGCCUGACGUGGUUGCAGAGGGAAUUGGCAAUGGUAACAAUGAGGUGAGAGAGAGAAAGAGCGAGGAGGUGGUAAGAGAGAGGGAAACUCCUCCUGAUGAUGAUUGCUGCGCUAUCUGCUUUGAGGGUUUCACCAUUCCUUGCAAGACCAACUGUGGACACUGGUUUUGCGCCAGCUGCAUUUUGAUGUUCUGGAACUAUAGUAGCGCACUUCAGCGGUGCAAGUGCCCCAUUUGCUCUCGUCUCAUUAGUAAGUUGAUACCGGAGGCAUCACUUAGCCUUCGGCGGGAAGAGGAUGUUGUACAGGUCUUGAAGAAAGUUCAGGGGUACAAUCGGCUUUUUGUAGGUGGUGCCCAUGGCUUCAUUAUGAAAGUAUAUCAGUUGCCCCUAUUCUUCAGGAGAUAUUUUGGAGGACUGAUGGAUCCUGAUAGAUUUAGACUUAACUAUUACACAGCACGCCUCAUUGCAUUGUUGCUGACUGUUUUCUAUGAGAUCUGUGGCUUUGACUUCAUUCCAACAGGGGCCCUUGGGGUCAGAAGAGUGUUUGAAUAUUCCGCUAUUGCUCUUGUAGUCAUCCUAUUUUUGGUUGGUAUCUGCCACAGAAGUAUGCUUAGGCGUCGAGUGAGGCUCCUGGCUGCCCCACCAGAACGAUGACAUACCUUUAAACUGCUUGUUUUCUAGUACAGAUGCACAGUGUUUAUGUUUGUACCCUAGACAAUGCACGGAAAAAAUCUCAGGAACUUUGCCGUCACACAAGAAGGCGAGUCGUCACCCUCGCUACACACCUCUUCGAUAGUUUGUAGAAAUUACUUGCACAUGCACGGUCAAAAUCAGAGAUAUAGUUGCUAUAAAGAUUCAUAUGCUUAUGUAUGUUGUGUUUGUAUAUAAUUGACAGUGAGUUUCUUGUGCAAUGAAAGCCCUUCUUUGAUACUGGUGCUGCAGCACCUUCCAUCUUACCCA